AUGGCGGAAGAGUAGCGCCGUUUCAAGGCAGACGUGAGACAAAGAGCGAGGGCUACGAACUAUAAUCGAGGACAAGAAUAUUGAAAAUGGUGAAAGAGUUGGUGGAGGAGCGACUCAUGGCGGCAGCUAAUGAAAUAUCGGCGAUGUUUGAAAGAACGAUAGCGUCCUACGAGGAGGAACUUUCCCGAACGAGAGAGGAGAAGGAGCGACUUCGACAACAACUGGAAGCUGUUAGCAAGAAUGGAGUUUUGCUACAAUUUGGAGUGUGUUUGUGUCCUGCAGACGUCCAGCAGAUGAUUGGUGGUCAAGAAGAACGUCCCCCUCAGCUGCGGCAGGGGAGCUCCACUUUGAAGCAGGUGGAUCCCCGGCCCCCCCACGUUAAAGAGGAAGAGGAGGAACUCGGGAUCACCCAGGAAGGAGGGGGUCUUCUAGGGUCGGAGGAGGCCGAUCUCAUCAUGUUGCCGCUGACGGUCGUCUCUGUGAAGAUUGAAGAGCAUGAAGACGAACCCCAAGCAGACAACCUCUUAGCUCCGCUAUCAGAUAGUGAGCACACAGACAGGGACCCCACCCAAGAAGCUUUGAGCAGCGAUACAGACUGUGAAGAUGAUAUGAGGACUCAGACUGACAACAAAAACUCGGGUGAAAAACAUCUGACCUGCUCGGUUUGUGCUAAAAGCUUUUCUUUCAAGAGCCUUUUGACUGAACACAUGAGAACACACACGGGAGAAAAACCCUUUAGCUGCUCAGUUUGUGGUAAGAAAUUUGCAAAGAGGUCGACUUUGGUGCGACACAUGAGAACGCACACUGGGGAAAAACCUUUUAGUUGCUCGGUUUGUGAGAAUAAAUUUGCUCUGAAGUCCACUUUGGUGCAACACAUGACAACACAUACGGGAGAAAAACCUUUCAGUUGUCCAGUUUGUAACCAACGAUUCUCUCUGAAGUCCAAAAUUGCAUCACACAUGAUGACGCACACAGGAGAAAAACCGUUUGGUUGUUCGGUUUGCUUUGAACGAUUCUCUCGCAAGUCACAUAUGGCGUCACACAUGAGAAUCCACACGGGAGAGAAACCUUUUAUUUGUUCGGUUUGUGGUAAAGGAUUUGCUCAAGGGUCAAGUAUGGCAUCACACAUGAAAACGCACACUGGAGAGAAACCUUUUAGAUGCUCAGUUUGUGCUAAGAGCUUUUCUCAUAAGCACAAUUUCACUCAACACGUGAAAAUGCAUACCGGCGAAAAACCUUUUAGUUGCUCAGUUUGCGAUGCAAGAUUUUCCCGUAAGACGACAAUGCUGGCACACAUGCGGACGCACACUGGAGAAAAACCUUUCAGAUGCUCAGUCUGCGGUAAAGGCUUUCCCCGAAAACACCAUUUCACUCAACACAUUAGAAUUCACACAGGAGAAAAACCAUAUUCCUGCUCACUCUGUGCUAAAACAUUCACGCGACGUGAUAAUUUGACAGCACACGUGCGCGCACACGACAGACAGUAAUUGCUUUCCUGUCCAAUUUAUGCUAAAAUAUCAGUAGUAGUAAUACUAGUACUAGUUAAUACUAGUAGUAUAGCGAUCAUAGUGAAAGUGUGUUUGUGUUUUAUAGUAUUGUAAUAAAACAGAUAUGAAAGCUGGUUUCACAUUCUAGUUUAUUGUAAUGUCACAAACCUUUAUGACGAGGUUAUGAUUCAUUCCAGGCGUGUACGGGAUGGAAUGUUUAUGUUGUUACUCACAUGCUUCGCAAUAAACACCAUUUUCAUACUCACCAUCAAGCUUCCUGGUUUAAGA